UUAAGCAUUUUACAUCAGCUCAUUUUUCAGGAAAUACGAGUGGGGACGGAGUGUUAGUAAUCAGACGAUCUGAAAGUCUGUGAGAAUCGGUAGCGAUAUCGUUUUUAUAUCAGACACAGGCGUGUUCUCUUCUCCUCGCUGACAUGGAAUGAAGUUGUCAGUCUGUCUGUGGAACAGGAAGAAGCUGUACGGAUUUACAUAUUUUGCUUUUUUUCAGAGUGAUUCCACAACCUUAAUUUUGAGAUAGGAUCUGGACUGUUUUUUAUUGCUUCUGAAAGAAGGCUCUUACUUAAGAAUCACUGGAAGGCUGGUAUAUCGAUAAAAAAAGGUAGCAACGGUGUGAUGUGAUCCUGUGGCAAAAUAGCGAAGGCAGUUGCUGUUUUUCGGACUCCUCAAGAUACUGUUUACAUAGUCAUCUGGGAGGAUUACAUUUCUAUGCUGUGUGGCUCAACAAGUGAAGAGCUUACUGCCUCUUGUUGCCUUUUAUAUGAACAUUUAGAGCAUUUUAAGACAAACCUAGUUGUGAACAUACUGUGAAAUGAAUGCAGUUCUGUUGUGACAGAGAAGAUGGAGACCCCAUUUUACCAUGAUGAUGCUUUAAAUAGUCAGGAAUUUGGACAUAUCACAGGCUACAGCAGCAGGUAUCCAGCCCAGAAAAUGAUGAGCAAGAAAAACAUGGCUGCACACAAUUUCCCUGAUCCUGUGCGAGCAAGCCCCAGCAUUAAGUUAAUCCCUAGUCAGAGUGGAAGCAGUUCCAGUGUGUCUUCAUCUACCCAGUCUGGGAGGGGAAAUUCUGAAAGCUCUUUAAUUCCUUCAACAGACGUUAAUCUCCUCAAGCUGUCAUCUCCUGAACUGGAGCACCUUAUCAUUCAGUCUAAUCAGGGUAUGGUUACGACCACUCCUGCACCUAACACUGCCAAUAACCAGUAUGCAUUUAGGAACCAGGUCACACAGGAACAGGAAGGAUUUGCAGAUGGCUUUGUUAAAGCUCUUGCUGACCUCCACAAGCAAAAUCAACUAGUCGGAGGGCCAAUUUCUCCAUCCUCCACCAUUCAAACAUCCUAUCAAAGAAAUGUCCAUCCAAGUGGAGAUGUACCAAUAUACACCAAUCUCAGCAGCUAUAACCCUAAUCAGAUUAGCCCCUCUGGGACAUAUACAGCGGGGCAGAUUUCUUUCCCACACCCUAGCCAUGGGCCAAGUCAUGGAAUUGGAACACACCCCCAUGGAAGAGCACCAGAUGAACCCCAGACAGUUCCAGAUGUGCCUCCAACUCCAGGUGAUCCAACAACAUCUCCUCCUACCUUAUCUCCUAUUGACCUGGAAACUCAAGAACGAAUUAAAGCUGAAAGAAAACGACUAAGGAACCGAAUUGCUGCCUCCAAGUGCAGAAAGCGGAAGCUUGAGAGGAUUGCUCGCCUAGAAGAGAAAGUCAAAGUGUUAAAAUCUCAGAACUCAGACCUGGCCUCUACAGCAAGCAUCUUAAGAGAGCAGGUGGCACAGCUUAAGCAGAAGGUAAUGAAUCAUGUCACAAAUGGGUGCCAAAUCGCCAUUAGUGCAGCAAGUAUGGGGAAAAGAGGUGAAAGUGCCAGCUGCUAAACGUGACAUGCUCCACUUUAUCUAGUCUAAACAGAAACUGAAAGCCAGUACAAUCUACAAACAGAAUGCCUUUCCUUCACCACCUGUAAAUGAAAGGUAAAGUGACUUUCUGCUUCUGGAAUUCAGUGGAAGGAGACAGUAAGAUGCAAAUAUGCCUUAGGCAUUGCCUGUUGAUCAGAUAAUUUGUUUUUUGUCAAAUGGGGAAACUAAAUGGAAUUUUAAAAGGAAUACUUUAGUUUUGGACUAGCUAAAGUUGUCAGAGUCUGGUUUGUUGAUCACUUCACUUUCUGGGCCAGUAAAAAAUGCUAGCAGUUAUAUACCAUUUGUGUCUAAAGAAAGCAGACCUACCGAAUGUAUUCAUGACCUGCACUAAAAGGCAAAGCACUGUGAACAAGCAUUUGUCAGGGAGAGCUAAGGUGUCCAAAAAUAAUCCACAUGAGAGUGAAGUGUUGUGAUGCAACCACAGCUUGCAGAAGUGAUACCUGUAGCACUAGGCCUUGUUCAGUAUCAAACCUGCUGAACUAAACACAGGAAGUGUGCAUUGAAAAUGAUGAGGAUAUAACCAUGAUUCUAUAACAUAUAUUUUCUGCCUGCUAGCAUCUUAAAUAGGAAGGCUUCUCUUCCACUCCAGUCAUUAAAAACCUGGGCAUUUCAGUGAAAGAAAAAACACAUGUGAAAAGAACAAAUGUGUUUUUAUUUAAUAUGCAUAAAAUUUAUCUUUGUGUCUGUUAUUUAGAAAGACACAAUCUCUUAAGUACAAGAUUACUGUGGCUUUAAAACGGUUUGGCCUUUGGCAGUAUUCUUCAUUUAGCAGACUGAACUCUUUGAUCUAGUUGAUUAAAACAGUUUACUUCUACUCAUGCAAAGCCACCGUCUCUGUUCCACAGUGUGCAACAACAACAUGUGUUCACUUAAAUGUUUGAAAGCUCACCGUCCCUGUUCCACGGUGUGCAACAACAUGCAUUCACGUAAAUAUUUGAAAGCAUGUAAGCCUUUUGACACAAAGGGAAACUUCUCUAUAUGAGAUUUUGUCUGAAAAGAAAAACAUUCCAAAACGGAAGAUUUAUCACUGAAAAAUGUUUAAUUUAUAAUUAUCUUUUGUAAGGAAGAAAAUAGUUAUUGUGCUUCUGAAGCACUAUUUUUCUAUAACUUAAAGCCUUUGUAAAUGACUCGGUUCCAUUUCUUGGUGUUGAAAUUCUGAAACCAUAUGAUUAAGUAUGUGAGAACCUAAAAUAUUAAAAAGCUUGCUGUGCAGUAAUUGCCCUUAGGAAAACCCAAAGAGUUCCAGAAGACCUUGUCUUCAUUUUAACAUCUGAUCAUUUGAAAGAUUUUCUAAGAAGUAUUGCAAAGCCAUUUUAUGCACUAGUAAACAAUCUGGGGAUUUUUGCAAAACUAGAUGUAUCUUGGGACCUAAACAAAUGAAGACAAGAAGGAAGUUACUAACAGUGAGAAAAUGACUUUAAGGAUUUUUUUUUAUGUGAAGGCCUUAAGGAAUCAAAAACUUGGUUGGAGUUUGUGAUAAUAAUUAUUAUUAUUGUUGUUAUUUAUUAUCUUUCUAUAAAAAGAAGCAUAUUUUAAAUUUAAGUGUUUGGGAAAUGACUGAAAUUCCUAUCUUGUUGUGGCAAAUGCUAAUGUUGCACUAAAGUACUACACCUUUGAAAAUUAACUGCUAUGUAUUCCAGGAUAGGUCAAAGCCAGUUAGUCAAGCUUGAACUGAAACAUUGAAAGCUAUAAUAAAUUGCAGAAGUUGCAUUGGUUCUGUAUUUUAACAGUCAGCAACACUGAAGUACUGCUAAAAGAGAGUCACUUUUCAUCUUGACAAACCGUGAUUCCCUUUAGCAUGACAGAACCUGUUUAAUUUAUGGCAUAAUGAUUUCCACAUGAAACUUUGGAAUAGCGAUAAAAAAAAAAACUUGACAAAACAAAGCUGCCUGACUGGUUUUCUCUUCUAUUAUUUUUUGCAACCUAUAUGCUGUGAUGAUUUGCCUCAUAGAUAAAAGGUAUGUUUUACAACUGCAUACCUUUGGUCUUUAUGUUUUGUUACAGUUCUGAACUGUAAAACAUGAGGAUGCCUUUUUAGUGUGUGUGUUCUGUGCUUUCACAUUUCUGUAAUGUAGAAGUAAUUUCUACAAAACUGCAGUGAAUCUCAUUUUACAAGUGCUGUGCUCAAGCUUGUAGCUGCAGCAGUAAGAAUCAGUUGUUCUAAACUAAUCUACCUUUUUAACUACUGUCAUGCUACCAGGGUAUUGCAGAGUGCCCCUAUUUUCUACCGAAAGGCAGACUUGGUGGCUUGUCAUUUUUUUUUGUGCUGUGCUGUCCUUAAAAAGCAGAUUGGUGUAAGUUAACUUUACAUUUUUUUUACUGAAACUUGAAUGCAACCAUAUGAUCUUAGAAAAAAACAUAUAUUUUUAUAAGGAAAUGUAAACUAUUAAGAGGCCAGUUCAGAGAGAAUAGCAGAAAAGAGUUUCAUAUCAAGGAGAGCAGUUAAAUGUCAGUGGUUUAGUGAUGUCCCUUGCAAAGUGUCGCAGUUUGUUCCUACACUACAAAAGGGAGGCCUUGAGGGAGAUAUUUGCCAUGUGUGUUGCCUCGUUUAUCAUUCUUGAUCUGACUGAGAAUGAAGUAUGAAAUCCCAAAUCAAAUUUAAGAUUAUCAGAAAAUUCACAAGGUAAAAAAAAACUUAGCUAAUGUCUACUUUUUUCUGAAGUAGCAUAACUUCUUGGGGUUAUUUUCUUAAAGCAUUGUUGUGGCAGAAAACUAAAUCAGGUACAUUAAUGCUGUUCUCUCAUUCAAAGUUGCAGAAGUCUGAGUACUUUCUGAAGUACAACAAACACCUAAGACGUAACUAAAGGUGUAUUAGGCUUUGUACAGCAUGGGUAACUUGCACAUCUGAGUCUUGAAUGUGCAUGUGGUUUUAUUCUGCCAGUAGAAGGCCUAAGAAAAUCUCUUGGCUUCUGUUCACUUGAGAAUGAAUUGCUAUGUUAACUGAAACUGAGCAGAGGCGAUCAUUGUUGAUUAUGAGGUUUGGAUUUAUUUGUUAUGGCAGUGAGUAAAUUAUGGGAUACCAAGUAGUGAUAUUUGUUUUACAUGGCCUCAUUUCAUAACUCAUUUCAAGAUCUUAAGGUCUUCUGAACUUGUAUACCAGAAGCCAGUUUCUGUACAUAGUAACUAAAUCUUUCACUUAGUUAACAAUCUUUGCAAUUUUUUUUUUACUCGAGGGCAGCCAAGCAAUCAGACCUAAGAAUUACUUAAGAAUGCUCAAUUCUAGGUGGGAUUUUGUCAUUUAUUUGAAGUGCAUGUUUCUCUGAUGUUUCAGAUCAUUUAGCUUCAGAGAGUCUGAUAAAGGUAGGACUGCUAAAUGUCUGAUACUGGGUGUGGUAGAAUUUAUCCACUGCUUGUGUGGUCCACCAUAAAGGUGAGCUGCAUAGUUAUACUUACAGAAGAUUGUGUAAAUCCUACUAUUAUUUGUCCACCUAGGAGUGGAUUUUUUGUGAUUGUAAAAUAAGCCUGUGUGAAAGUAUAAGUAUAAAAUAUAUAUUAUUUAAAGAAAGGAAACAUUUUACAAGUGGACUGUUUAACAUUUGCCGGGAGUGACAUUGGGUCACGUCCAUAUGAUAUGUUUUAACCAGUGGCUGCAGGAUGCUUGCCAUCAAUUUAAUUUCCACUCUAAUACUUUAUUCCUAUUUCUCAGACUGCCUAACAGACAUCUCCAUUAUGGUUGUUUGCUGCAAAUUAAUAUGAAUGCACAAUGUUUUCCUCUUUCUUCUUGUAAUAAGCAAGUCGCUGAUGUCCCUUUUUUUCUUGUGCUAAAAACUUUCUGAAGUCCUUCUACCAAAUUCCUUUAUUUCUUACUUGUCUCACUUGUAUAUUACGCUUGAUAUAUUUUUCCUGUGGUGAUGUUAGCAGCUAACUGUAGAAACAUUUUACCCAGAAUUUCGGGAAGAGCAGCACCAAUUUCUAUAUUUCCUAAAUGACGGCAGUGAGAUGUGAACAACCAUCAGUUGAGUUUGGCUUUAUCAUAUUAUGUGGAAUUUUCACCACAUAAAGAAGAAAGAGAACUGAGGCAGCUUCCCAGUCUAUAAUUUAGAAAGGUUAACAGGGAUCCCUUCUGAGACCAAUAAUGUCUCCUGUAGUCUUUGAGGGAUCCAUGUUUUGUGCACCAUUCAUAGCAUUUCUUUUGUGCUAUGUCAUUUUUGUGUGUGUGCCCUUUAAUAAUUAUGCUACUGCUGAUGUCACAUGUACCAUGUGCUGUGUAUCAGUACAGGAGGCCAUGAGGUUGGCAGGAAAUCCAUGUACUUAUUUCUUUACUAUGGAUCACUGUACAUCUGUUACACAAUCCUUGACAGCAUAACACAUCGUCUUCACACAAGCUGAAUAACAUUUGGCUGUACUCUUGAUAAAUAAAUCUUCUUAGUGAUUUAAAAGUU